UGUGUCAUCUCUCAUAAUAAUUAUGUUUUGUUAUUAUUAAGUGUUGUUGCACGUGUUUUUGUGUGAGAGUAAAAAAGUGUGCGAAUUAUUUUCGGUGUGUUUUUAGAAAUGCCUCACGUGUCUUCAGCUAGUGGGGGCGAUGAUCUUGGUAGUACUGAUGAAGUUAAAGUUUUUAAAGACGAAGGUGAUGGUGAAGAUGAAAAACGUUCAUCCGAGAAUCUUACCGAAGAAAAAAGUAGUCUUAUCGAUCUCACAGAAUCAGAAGAGAAAUCGGGCGGUAGUUAUUCAUCGAGUAAACAUGCAUCGAGACCGGAUCACAGUCCCGUUUUUGGGAAAGUUGAACCAACUCCACACACAUCCUCAUUUAAUAUGGGAUAUUUGGUAUCACCAUAUGGCUAUGCCAAUGGAGCUCCUGUCUCAAUGGCCAGCAAAAUGGGCUUGGGACCAGGAUCUCAUCCAGGCGCGGCGGCAUUACCAUUCUUCUGUCAUAAUGGAGAACAUCUCGCUGCGCAACCUCCACCAGCACAUAUGGGCAUUCCACCUUAUCAAUUGGACACGAAGGCCGCCGGCAUGGGUGAGUACUGGCGGCCCUCCGCCGCAGUCAACCACGCCGAUUGGAAGCGCAUCGGCCCGGCGCUGCUAGCCGCCUCAGGAUUGACGAGACCGCCUAUGUAUCCAUUUAGUCCCGGGCAAUACCCUUACCCUAUGUUAAGUCCAGAAAUGUCACAAGUUGCAUCAUGGCACACACCCAGUAUGUACCCGAUCUCAACGGCAGCCACAGGCUUUAGAAGUCCGUACCCCACUUCGUUACCAAUUCCUAGCUCAAGUUUACCAAGUGACUUUUAUAGAUUUUCACCUGGAUUAAUGCCUCCACAUCCGGGUCUAUCACCUCAUUCACAUCCGCUUGCCUCACAUCCCGCAAUUGUUACGCCUGGACCCAAACAGGAUCUUCCACACACAACAGACCAUAAUCAUAGGUAUGCGAGAAGUUCAAUGGACCAAAAAAAUUCAUCAUCAGCAGAUAAUAAAAAUAAUCAAGAUGGUAAUAAUGCAAACGAUAAAAAGAAACCACAUAUCAAAAAGCCUUUGAACGCCUUUAUGCUGUAUAUGAAAGAAAUGAGAGCGAAGGUUGUAGCCGAAUGUACAUUAAAAGAAAGUGCUGCCAUCAAUCAAAUAUUAGGCAGACGGUGGCAUUCCUUGAGUCGAGAUGAGCAAGCUAAAUACUACGAAAAAGCUAGACAGGAGCGCCAAUUACAUAUGCAAUUAUAUCCUGGAUGGAGUGCGCGAGACAAUUAUGGCUAUGGCACCAAGAAGAAGAAACGGAAAAAAGAGCGUACCCCGAUCGAGGCGGGAGGUAAUAGUAUGAAAAAAUGUCGAGCUCGAUAUGGUUUAGAACAUCAAAGUCAAUGGUGUAAGCCUUGCAGACGCAAGAAGAAAUGUAUCCGCUAUAUGGAAACUGGGGACAGUAACGAUGGUAAUCAUUCUGAUGAUAAUCUAGGCAGCUGUGGAAGUGUUGGUGACGCACAAUCACCACCUGAAGACGAUGCAGAAAGUAUAAAUCAAUCAUUAUCAAGUCCUGGUGGCUUAUCAGGAUUAUCAAGUUUAACAAGCCCAUCAAUGAUACUUCCAAGUCCAUCAACAAGUCUUGCUAGUCCAUCAGUUAGUUUAGCUAGUCCAUGUAUGUCAUUACAAAGUCCUUUAACACCACACGAUGGUACAUAUGAUAUAAAACCAUUAAUAUUACCAACGACUAGUACUUUAUCAAUAUCAUCAUCACAUCAACAAUCAACAUCGAAUGGUAGCAACAAUGGUAACAAUAACGGUAACGGUAACAGUGAUGUGAAUAAUUAUGAUUGUAAACCAUUAAGUUUACCAACAACAAGUUCAUUACAAAUCACAUCACAUUUAAAUCAUCAUCAACAACCAUCUUUUCAUAAUAACACACCACAUCGAAAUCCAGUUGGUACAAAUCCCCAUGACAUCAAUAAUCCAUUAAGCGUGAAUCAAUUAACAGGACAAUGUAUUAAAAACUCUAAUUCUAAUACAAAUGUGGAUAACUCACAACAAAAUGGUAAUAAUAAUAAUAAUGAGUCAUCUCGACCAGUGAUAAGCGUUACGUAGCGAACUUUAUUAGAAUACUGAUUUAUAAUUCUACAAUAUGACUGAUAUAUAAAAUAUUUUACUUUUAAUUAAACAAAAAAAAUAAAAUAAAAUAUAAAUUGUUACUUAAUUAAUUAUUAAUUAUACAAAUCAAAAACAGAAAUAUACAUUUUGGUUCAUAAAACUCUCCUCCUCCCCAACCCCCCCAGUCACUUUUGUAUAUAUAGUUCAUAUAAAGUAUAUAUAAAUGAAUUUUUAGUAUAUAAGGUAUAAAAGAAGAGCGUGCUGUAUUCUAGAUUGUAUUUCAUGAAUUUCACAAUCCAAUGAAAUUAUGAAUUAUA